CCGAAUUGCAAGAAGCUGAGCUAUUCCCGGGUUGGCGUCGAGCUGAUUAGAUAACAUAGCACAACAAACUACGUUUUGUAUGCGAGAAGAUUAAUUGUGUGUGGAUUUGUUUAUAUCGUCAACAAAGUUGCGGCGCGUGAGGUGGAUCGAAAGGUACCGUUGGGUGUAAAAAUAAAAAUGUCUGCGAAGCGUGAUCUCUCUUGUGAAGCGGUGGGUUUCAUCGGCGGUGGCAAUAUGGCCAUCGCCAUUGCGUCGGGGCUAUUGAACAAAGGUGUACUUCAACCGGACCAAAUUUACGUAUCGGCCACAAAUCUCGCCAACCUGCAAAGUCGCUGGUCGCCGAUCGGCGUAACCCAUACUACCACCGACAAUCUGGAGGUGCUCACCAAGGCGAGCAUCGUUUUUAUCUGCGUUAAGCCACAAAUCCUUCCCCGCUUGAAGGAUGUAUUCGCCAACGCAAAGAACCUACCGAACUGCGAGCGUAAGCUGAUCGUCUCCAUCCUAGCCGGUGUCACUUUGGCUCGGUUGCACACCGAUCUGUCCGUGCUGCUACCCACCACAUUCGUGCGUACGAUGCCCAACACGCCAAUGCAGGUUGGGGUCGGGUGUACGGUGUUUUGUCAGGCGGAGAACAGCAGUAGCUACACGGAGCCACUAUACGAGGACCUGAAGUACAUGCUCGGCACACUGGGGCUUGCCUUUGAGGUGCAGGAAAGUCAGAUAAACGCCGUCACGGGCUUGGCCGGUUGUGGGCCGGCGUACGUGUACGAAUUCAUCGAGGCGCUCGCCGAUGGUGGCGUAAAGCAAGGCAUACCGCGUGCCAUGGCCCUACAGCUGGCGGCCCAAACAGUGAUGGGAGCGGCCAAGACUGUUCUCGAUACGGGCAAACAUCCGGCCGUGCUGAAGGAUGAGGUGUGCUCACCCGGUGGGGCAACUAUCCAUGGUGUGCAUGCGCUAGAACAGGGCUCCAUGCGAGGAACCGUUAUGAAUGCCGUCGAAAAGGCCACGAAACGGGCAAGCGAGUUGUCAUAGACAACGGACUUUACUUACUGCACUUCUUUCCAUCAUUUAAAUUAGACAAUAAUCUCCAUGAAAUAUGUGUUUCUUCUCACUCGGAUGGCCUAGCCAGCUGAUAUUACUUGUUCCAAACAAUAAAGAAUUGUGUUUGUCUUGAAUUUACAUUAUAACAUUGAAGUGCUAUAAUUUGAUAGUAUUUUUUUAUUGAAGUACUGUUCAGGAAACGUGUUAUCAGAAAUGGGACUUAACAAUUAAAAUCAUUAAAAA